AUGGAAUUUCCAAAUACUAAAUAUUAUAUAUAUUUUAUUAUUGCGAAUUCCUGUUUUCAUUUCCGUUUUUAUUGUACGUCUUUUUUUUUGUUUUCUGCUUCCUUUUUUUAUUUAUUGUUGUCCUUCUUCUUCUUCUUCUUCUUCUUCUUCUUCUUCUUCUUCUUUUUUAAUUCUCUUACGUUCUCAUUUUUAACAUUCUUUUCUCUCUUCUUUCUUUUCUUUCUUCUUAAUUCUCUUCCUUUUCUUUCGUUUUCUUAUCUCUCCCACCUUCUUCUUCUUCUUCUUUCUUUCUUUCUUUUUAAAACACUUUUCUUCUUUUUUAGUUUUCUUUUCUAUCCCUUCUUCUUAAUUCACUUCACCUUCUUCUAUAGUUUACAUCUCUCACUUUCCUUUUCUUCUUCUUCUUCUUCUUCUUCUUCUUCUUCUUCUUCUUUUUUAAUUCUCUUACUUCUUUUCCUUUUUGUUUUUUUCUUCUUUUCCUUUUUGCUUUAUCUUCUUUUUUGUUUUGUAUUUUGUCAUUCGUUCAUUUCUUCAUUUCUCUUCUAUUUCUUUUUCCGUCUCUUCUUCAAAAAUUACUCUUUUAUUCCAUUCUGCCUUUCAUUUUCCUUCCUCGACAUUUUCUUAUCCUUCAUUCACUCAUUCACUUUCUUUUCUUAUUUUUCUUCCCAAUCUCAAAAAUCUAUCACUCGAUCUCGGUCUAAAAAUAUCUAUCUAUCUAUCUAUCUAUCUAUCUAUUGA